AUGGCUUCGUGGCUGCGCAGUAAAGCACAAAGGUUCGAAGGCUUCCUUGACGGUCGCACAAAGUCACCGACCAACGAAACAGCAACAGCACCAGCUGUCAAAGCAGCAAGUGAGACGAACAGACCGACACCUCAGAACUCAACACUGUUGCAAGCAUUCGAAUGGCACACACCUGGCGGACAUUGGAGCCGUCUCGCAAACACAGUCUCAACCCUUUCUGACGUCGGCAUCACUGCAUUCUGGCUUCCACCAGGCUGCAAGGCCAACGAUCCACACGGCAACGGCUACGACUGCUACGACCUCUGGGAUCUCGGCGAAUUCGAUCAGAAAUGGACUCGUGCAACCAAGUGGGGAUCUAGAGAAGAGCUGGACGAGUUGAUCGCAAAGGCCAAGAGCUCGGAUGUCCUGAUCAUCUGGGAUACUGUGCUGAACCACAAGACAGCCGGAGACGCCAAGGAGGAGUGUUGGGCUGUCGAAGUCGACAGACAAGAUCGCACAGUUGAGCAGACAGCACCAAGGAAGAUCGAACCCUGGAUCCACUUCAACUUCCCUGGCCGCGGAGACCACUACAGCAGCCUAAAGUGGCACUGGCAACACUUCAGCGGCACCGACUGGGACCAGCGCUCUCAGAAGAAUGCCAUUUACAAAAUCGUCGAUCCUCCAGAGUCACUUCCUCGUCCUGGAGCAGCCGUUGACCCAAACUGGCGCAAGAAGGAUUGGGCGACCGAUGUCGAUGAUUCCAAUGGCAACAAUGAUUAUCUCAUGUUCUCCAACAUCGACUACUCGAACGCUGAAGUCAGAGAGGAUGUGCAAAAAUGGGGCGAGUGGAUGGUAAGCGAAGUUGGCGUGGAUGGCUUCAGAUUGGAUGCUGUACCUCACAUCAGCUGGAUGUUCACUCGAGGAUGGAUCCGCAUUGCAAAGGAAGCGGCCAAGCGCCAGAAUCGUGAACUGUUCAUCAUGGGCGAGUUCUACAAUAGCAAUGUGAACAAGAUCCUGCAGUGGAUGGACAGAAUGGACAGCGGAGUGUACGCUUACGACAUCCCACUGCUGAGCAACUUUGCCAAGGUCUCUAUGGCAAAGAACAAGCUUGACGUCGACUUGAGAAAGGUCUUUAAGAACACCUUGAUCCAACACCGACCCAGCAAUGCGGUGACCCUUGUAACCAGCCAUGAUACCCAGCCAGGUCAGGCCGUGGACACCCCGAUCGCGCCUUACUUCAAGACUCUGGCUUACGCGAUCAUGCUCUUGCGCCGCGAAGGUCUGCCUUGUGUCUUCUGGGGUGAUCUCUACGGAACCAAGGGACCUCACACUUCAUCAGCAGCCUGUGAGGGCAAACUGCCCGCUCUUGUCCUUGGCCGCAAACUCUUUGCUUACGGCGAGCAAACCGAUUAUCUUCAAAGCAGAACUUCGAUUGGUUGGGUCCGUCACGGUACUUGGGACAGAGCUGACGGCUGCGUCGUCAUCAUGAGCAUCGGAGGUGCUGCUAAGAACAGCAUGUUCGUUGGCCCUACCAAAGCUGGUCAGGUCUGGACCGACAUCCUUGGUAAUUGUGGCGAUGCAAUCACCAUUGAUGACAGAGGCUAUGGCAUCUUCAGGUGCGCCGACAAGAGUGUCGCUGUCUACGUUCGCAAGGAGGCACCGGGCAGAGCAGAUUUCGGAGCUUGUCAUCCUGCAAAGUUCACCAUGCAAUGA